UUUAUUUUCACGCCUCACCCGGAUGUGCAACGUUAUAUACGGUCUCCAGCUUCACGCAGGUUCCGCGUGUUGAUACAGAAGAGAAGAGGACCGAGGAGAAACAAGUUUUUCCGCAUCUCAGCGACCCCAAAUUAAAAAAAAAAAAAACCUACAAAACAGACUAAAAUGGACAUGAAGAAGAGGGUCUCCUUAGAACUGAGGCACCGGUCGCCCACAGAAGUCCAGGAGCUGGUUCUUGACAACUGUCGCUCCGGCGAAGGAAAGAUCGAAGGAAUCACGGAAGAGUUCUCAAAUCUGGAGCUGCUCAGCCUCAUCAACGUCGGCCUGACCAGCGUAGCAGACAUCCCAAAACUGGACAAACUCAAAAAGUUGGAGUUGAGUGACAACAGGAUAUCAGGCGGUCUGGAGGUUCUGGCGGAGCGGCUGGUGAACCUAACGCACCUCAACCUCAGCGGGAACAAGUUCAAAGACAUCAGCACCCUGGAGCCCCUGAAAAAGCUGCCCCAGCUGAAGAGUCUGGACCUGUUCAACUGCGAGGUGACCAACCUGGCCGACUACAGGGAGUCCAUCUUUAAGCUCCUCCCACAGCUCACCUACCUGGACGGCUACGACAUCGACGACUGCGAGGCGUCCGACUCUGACGGCGAGGGAGACGGAGUCGAGGACGAGGACGAAGAGGGUUUGGAGGGCGAGUCAGAGGACUUUGACGAGGAGGAAGAAGAGGAUGAGGAGGACGUAGUGGCUGAAGAGGAGGACGAUGAUGAUGACAGUAAUGACGAGGAGGAGGGAGAGGUGAACGGAGACGUUGACAGUGAGGACGACGAUGAAGAUGAUGACGAUGAUGAUGACGAGGACUCGUCUCCGGCCAAAGGAGAGAAGAGGAAGAGGGACCCUGAAGACGAGGACGAUGACGACGAUGAAGAUGAUGAUUAAGGACCCACAAAAAACCCCACAACCCCUCUGACCUCUAACCCCGUUGUCCCCCUCCCUCCCCCUUCAUGACCUCUACCCACCCCCACCAACACUGGCCCUCCUCCACUCCACUCCUGGGCUGCGUUCCAUUUCUGAAACCCGAUCUCCUCUCACUGCGCUCUCGUCUCCUCCUGCAGACAAAAACACUUCACUUUUUUUCUUCUUCACCUUUUUGCAAAAGUCCACAAAGUUCAGGCUUUUUUAAAUUCAUAUUAUCCACCAGAUCCUCAACACGUCUCAUAACACAAACACGUUUUCCCCUAAAAAUUCAGAUUAUUUUCUGGAAUCUGUGUGUUGGCGCAUUUUUGUGAAAAUCAGAGCUUCAAAUGUUUAACAAACAUCAUACUCUAAAGAUUGUUUUCAUUCAGUGAUCGGACAAUUAGUGUUUUAAGGGACGUUGAGCAGCGUAAAUUGUCAGAGUGACAUUAACAGGAUUUUCUUUCUUUUUUUGAGAAAUAUGAACCUACGGAUUGAUAAAAAUGUCAUUUCACAAAAGCCAUAUUUUAGCUUUUGUGAUUCUGAUAUCCGUUAUAAAAUAACAUUGUGUCUUAUGGAAAAAACUAAAAUCUAUCUCAAAAUUCCUACUCCGUUAGCAGCAUGUGAAUGCAUCACCAGUCAUGCGAAGGUGAGAAGACAUUUAAUAAUAAUUAAAAAAAUAAAUUCACCAGGUUGAGAUAUUUUGUGAGUUAUCUUGACUUGACUUUUUUUUUUUUAAUUAUCUCAAUCACGAUAAGCCACACAAACUGUUCAAAAUCCUUUAAAAAUAUAUAUAUGUAUUUGGUCAAUUCAUUCUCAAUGACCGUGGAAUUAAUCAUUUCGUGACCGCAGAGCUUUAAACGACGACGAGGUUUGAGUCGUGUCUGCAGAAGGAGGCGGAGCAAGGGCUCAUGGGAGGAAACGGCACUUUUGGGACGCCAAAAUCCAGAAACCAAAUCGCCCCCCCCUUUUUUUUUUCUUUUCUUUUUUACCAUCCUCCUCUGACAUCACCACUCUGGGGUGGAAACCAGCAGCUGUGACGUCACGACGGGCUCUGUGAUGUCAUCAACGGACAGUCAAUCGUAGUCUACAAAAAAUGAAAACCCUCCGUCUGCCCUCCCCCAUCCCCGUCCCCGUCCUUUUUCUCCCCCCUCCUUCCCCCGAGGCCGAGCGCGCUCAGGGCAAACUGUGUUCUCUCUUUUUUGCCAACAGAGCUUUUUAAAAGAAAUAUUUUUUCAGAGAAAUUGUUUUUUGUUUAAUUUUGUAUGGUUGUCCGGGGACACUCUCUCUCUGUCUUUGCCUCUCUCUCUCUCUCUCUCUCUCUCUCCUCUCAUGUCUCUUUCUGCUCAGAGAGAUCCAGUCGAUCCUUCACACUCACACUGACUAGUUGACGUUGUGUUUUCUUUUCUUUUCUUUUUUUUUUACUUUCUGUAAGUUAAAAAGGAAAAACAAACAAAAAAAAACACACAUAAAAAAGGACUUUGUAAAUAAAAUCUUAACAUUUUGCUCCCGGCGUCUCCUCUCUGGCCUUUUGUCUCCGUGAGAUGUUUUCUCUCUGUAUAUUAACAUUAUGUCGACUAGUGUUAUGACUUCUGCAGGUUAAAAUCCACAUUUUUUACCUUUUUACCCUCUUUUAUUGAUAUACAUGCCAGC